AAAGCCUUUACUAGAAGUUUGUAUUCAGUAAUAGUGAUAGUAAUCACAGCUAUUAUUAAAUGCAAUCAUUUUAUGCAUUCAUUAAUCGAGUGUAUCAUUGAUUGAGAGGUUUAUUUGUUUUGUUGUUUCCAUUGUUUGGUUAGUUUUGUUACUUUUUCAUGUGUUUGUGUCCUUCACUUGUCUGCACAUCCAGUCAUUGAUUAGCAUUGCAUUGCAUUUGCAUUCAAAUCAUUGCCAGUUAUAUCAGUCGCUCAUUAGUGUUGCCGAAGACAUGGCCGACGCCGUAGACAUCAAACACAUUGACCAACAGUGGAAAGUACUCGACACUGAGUACCAGACUCUUGAGGAAGGCCACAAGAAUUACAACAACUCUAUCGUUGAGUUCACAAAAUUGCAAAACAAAUGUCUCAAAGAUAUAACUCAUCAAAACUAUAGGAUUUCUCAAUUGAAACAAUUGAUCCAAAAAUGCGUGACAAAUGGCGAAGAAGAAGAGCGUCUGAAAGAGGAUCUGUUGAAACAAAUGGGUUCGCGAAGAGCG